GUUGGUGAGAAAGCAUUGUUUGAGUCAAAGAGAAAGAGUCAGUCCCAGAAAUGCUGUCUAUCUACUCCAACCAACCCAACCAAAACAACAAGGCUAAAUUUUGUUUCCCGCGUUAUUAUUAUUAUUCAUUACCCAUUCCAAGGAACCAUAUGAUAUUCUUUUCUUCUCCAUCACCGUUUUCAUUUCUUCCCUACCACUCCAACUCCAAGACCCUUUCAACUUUAACUAACUUAUUCAUUGUCUUCCUUCCAAGUUCCGACCACUUCCACCAUGUCCCUCUCCUUCUUCCUCCUCCUCCUCUUCUUCCCUUUCUCUCUCUCCCAAACACCCCCCAGAGGCUUACUCAUCAACUGCGGGGCCCACUCCGCUGCCCAAUUCGAUAACCGCACGUGGCUCCCCGACUCGGGCUUCAUCUCUUCGGGCUCCCCCAAAACCGUCACCACCCCUGUUCUUUUCCCAACUCUGCACACCCUCCGCUCCUUCCCUCGCCAGGUCAAGAAGCACUGCUACAAUAUUCCCGUGUACCGCGGCGCAAAGUACCUCGUUCGGACCACCUACUUUUACGCCGGAGUCAACGGCGCUGACCACCCCUCGCCGCCGGUCUUCGACCAGAUCCUCGACGGGACCCUCUGGAGCGUCGUCAACACCACCCGGGAUUACUCCGAUGGAAACUCUUCUUUCUACGAAGGGCUUUUCUUGGCUCAGGGCAAGAUCAUGAGCUUGUGCAUCGGUUCCAAUACUUACACCGAUUCUGAUCCCUUUAUUUCUGCUCUGGAGUUCUUGAUUCUCGAGGGUUCUCUUUACAACACCUCGGAUUUCACUAAAUAUGGACUUGCCUUGGUUGCACGACACAGUUUUGGAUACUCCGGACCACCCAUUCGGUAUCCUGAUGAUCUGUUUGACCGUGUCUGGGAGCCUUUUGGGCAGAGUAAUUCUACCCAAGCAAGCACUGAUAAUGUUUCUGUUUCUGGUUUUUGGAAUCUUCCACCUGCAAAAAUAUUUGAGACACGUAUAGGAUCUGAUCAAUUGGAAACCUUGCAACUGAGAUGGCCCACAGCAUCACUUCCUAGUUCAAAUUCCAAAUACUACUACAUCGCUCUAUACUUCGCUGAUGACACUGCUGGAUCAAGAAUUUUUAACAUAAGUGUGAAUGGUAUAACUUAUUACCAUAAUUUGAAUGUGAUCCCAUCAGGUGUUGUUGUAUUUGCCAGCCAGUGGCCUCUUUCUGGUCCUACAACAAUAACUUUGACCCCUGCUGCUAGUUCUUCCUUGGGCCCCUUAAUCAAUGCUGGUGAAGUUUUUGAUGUGCUGCCACUUGGAGGAAGAACUUUAACUCGAGAUGUUAUUGCUUUGGAAAAGGUAAAACAGAGCCUCCGAAAUCCUCCACUUGAUUGGAAUGGUGAUCCUUGUAUGCCUCGGCAGUACUCAUGGACUGGCAUCUCAUGUUCUGAAGGACCACGUAUCCGUGUAGUGACUUUAAACUUGACAAGUAUGGAUCUUUCUGGAUCUUUAUCACCUUUUGUUGCCAAUAUGACAGCUCUGACUAACAUCUGGCUUGGGAAUAACAGUUUAUCAGGGCAGAUUCCUGACCUCAGUUCACUAAAGAUUUUAGAGACAUUGCACUUGGAAGACAAUCAAUUCAGUGGAGAGAUUCCCUCAUCCUUAGGGGACAUCAGCAGCUUGCAAGAAGUGUUUUUACAAAAUAACAAUUUGACUGGUCAAAUUCCAGCAAAUCUCAUUGGAAAACCAGGACUAGAUAUCAGAACUUCUGGAAAUAAUUUCUUAUCUCCUCCAGCAUCUUGAGGGAUUUGUUUAGUGGCCCUCCAUAGUAAAGAUGAAGACUGUCCUUUUUUCAAGAAAUUUUAAUUCUUUUUGCGCCUAAAUGAUUCUGAUUCUCUGGGGGAAGUUCUUCAUUGUCAACUCGUCAACUGAAGAUCAAGCUUCAUUUCAGCCUUAUCUUGCUGGAGGACAUACGGAUUUCUUGUUUUGACUUGGAGUGUACUUUCAGAUUGAUUUGACAAUUUUCAUGCUCGAUUCUCAUCAGUUCCUUGAAAAUUGGAAUGUUAUUUGAAAUUGUAUUGUACAUAUCCUUGUAUAGGCAUUAUUUAUUAUUUUAUUGAAAAUUUUGCUUUGUUUCUUUUCGUUUUUUUUUGUAACUUGUUUUGUUUGUUUUCAUGUACUUCUGCAAUUUGUUUGUACCAUGUUCUGAUUUUACCAACUGUAAUCAUACUUCUAACUUGUUUCUUUAGUGUAAUCACUGCAUCUUGUAGUUUUACCAA